GCAGUUGUUAAUUUAAUAAAUUGUAGUAUCAAUGCUUUUUCGAAAUAUUAACUAUGCUGUGACUUCAAAGUGGUUAUUAACCAGUAAGUAUAUCAGUGUGGUUCCAAAUUCAAAGUGUACCAAAUUUGAUUUAAAACUUCUUAAAGUUGUCAAGCAUUAAAAAAGUAGCUAUUGAUGUUCUGUCAUAUUUUGCAAAGAAGUUGGGGCACAAUGUGUCUACCCCUUACCCUUAAUGUCCCAAAGUUCAAACGGCACGUCAGUCAUUAACCAAUAUGCCUAAAACGAACCUCCCCUCUCUCUGCCCCAUUCAUUUGCUCUCAUCCUGUGUUUAUUUGCACUGGAAACAUUACACAGAACCUGCAUAUGUUGGUCUUGGCGUCCAUAAUUACAGGUGUCACUGAUGUUUGGUCUGUAGAGAUCUGUCCAAAUCGUUUUGGUCUGUAUAUGUAGAUGUAGUUGUAUGUAUGAAUAUAUACAACACACAUUAACUGAAAUUGCACAAUAUUGAAGCAUUGCUGAAAGAACGGCUGCAAUGUGUCACUUCUGCAACUCUUAAGAUUAGAUUUGUGCACGGAUCAAUAGGUGUUUCAUAAAAACAGCCUCUCUGAGCAUCUUUAAGAAUUGUGAGCGCAGUGGAGAUGUGUUCUCUUCUUCGGCCACCAGUAUUAAGUCGUUUCAUAUCUGUGCGGCUCAAGAGUGUGGCUGCCGCAAAACAUGGUCCAGACCUCUGUAACCCCUCAUCACCUGGCUUUCUGACCUUUGAGGAUCCUCAAGCAUUCAAGGUGAAGAGUUUUUGGGAGCUGAUCCGAGCCCUCGGAGUCUUCAGGCUUUGCUCGUUCCCUGCACUGGUUAACAACUGUGGAAAGCUGAUGACCUUCACAAGGAUGGUUUUGGGUAAGCGAGGUUUCUCCAUGGUUGUACGCCCAUCUGUGUAUGCUCAGUUUGUUGCUGGGGAAACAGAAUGUGAGAUCGCAGACUGCAUGCAAAAAAUGAGCUCGCUGGGGCUCCACCCCAUGUUAGCCGUCCCCAUUGAAGAGGACCUAGGAGAGAGUAUUGGGGAGCAGCGAUAUGAAGACAACCUGGCGGCCAUGCUAGAGUGUGUCCACAUGUCUCACAUUAACGGCUGGAGUAAGAAUCCCAUGAUGCAGCUGAAGAUCACAGCACUAGUCAGCCCUGAGCUGUGUGUUAAGCUGACGUCUCUGCUGAAGACAGAGCAGUAUGAUCUGAACAUGCUUGUGAGAGCCAUGGAGGGAGAGGAAGUCAUGUUUCCUGGUCUGACUGAGAGUGAAAACGCACACUUACUAUUCGGCCUUCGGAGACUCAACAAAAUAGGAGAGGCAAGUGUUAAUAAAGUCCGUGUUCUGGUGGAUGCUGAGUACACUUACAUGAAUCCUGCCCUGUCACUCAUCACCAUGGCUAUGAUGAAGAAAUUCAAUCAACAAAGCGCCUGGAUCUGGAACACAUAUCAGUGCUACCUUAAGGAAUCAAAGACUCUAUUACUUGAUGCCAUUCAGACAUCCAUCGAUCAGACUUUCUGUAUUGGCGUUAAACUCGUCAGAGGUGCUUACAUGGACAAAGAGAGAAAACUAGCCCAAAAAGAAGGGCGAAAAGAUCCAAUUCAUGAAUCAUGGGAACAUACUAAUGACAGUUAUAACGGAUGUCUAGAGAUCAUGCUGAACCUCAUUUCAGAGAAACCUGAACGUUAUAUGAUUAUUGUGGCCACUCACAAUGAAGAAUCAGUCAGACGGGCAGUGACACGGAUGGAAGACUUGGGGCUUCACAGAGAUGGCAACUCUGUCUGUUUUGGUCAGCUGCUGGGCAUGUGUGACCAUGUAUCUCUUACUCUAGCCCAGCAUGGUUUCUCAGUGUAUAAGUCAGUGCCGUACGGCUCAGUGGACGACACACUGCCAUAUCUGGUGCGAAGGGCUCAGGAGAACCGCACUGUGCUCCAGGGAAUCCGUAAGGAAAGAGAUCUACUCAGACAGGAGCUCCGCCGCAGACUCAAAGAAAAGGUCACAGGGGCCAGAUAGAAAAACUGCAAAAGAGAAAAAAAUCGGGCAAGUGGCAAAAGACUUUCAAUACAUCCUAACUCGAAUGACUGCCUUGCAUUCAAGACAGAAGUCCUUCUAAGAUGUGGAAAAUAGUGCCUUCUAGUGGACUUUUAUGAUUUAGAAUUGAAGUGAACAUGAAAUCAAAAUUGGCCCUUUCCUAAUGAUGUUUCUGAUCUUAUCAUAUACAUUUGCAUAAGAAUCAAAAUGCACAAUUCAUCUUUCCAAAUUAUUCCAAAGAAAAACGCUUGCCUUUGUAACAUAUAUUGCAUAUAUGUACAUCAGAAACACAUUAUUCAACACUGUGCACAUUCAGUGGUAUUUGCCUCGGUUGUCAGUUCAAGAGCAACCACAAUGUGAGAAUCAAAUAAAAUAUAUUAAAAUAUAUCAA